AAAGAGAGAAGCUGCUGGUUUGUGAGUGAAGAAGGAGACGCAGCGUUAAACAGUCAGAGACUCCAACAUGAAGGUCUGUCACACUUUGAUCUUCUUCGUCUUCAUCCUCACACCACUGCAGGAAGGACAAACUUGUUUUGAAGAAGGUCUACGUGUCUACGUCCAUACGGGAACCGAAGGCAAAGACAUCACAAUGACAUGUGUCUUUGAUAACCCGAACAAAAUGAAGCGCUUCUGCAGGGAGGGCUGUAGAGAUGAAGACGUUCUUGUUGAAACAAGUGGCUUCAGUGCUCAGCGAGGCAGAUACACAAUGAAAUAUGUUCCCCGUGAUUCGCUCCCCAGUGUGAUAACUUUAUUCGUGAGUAUCAAACAGCUGACAAAGGCCGACUCGGGAAGAUACAGCUGUGUGUUUGGCGACGGUCAGCUCUCACAUGAAACCCAGGUGAUUGAUCUCAGAGUUCAAGACGCUCCAACAACUUCUGAACGGAAACAGCCUACCCAAAAUGAGUUACCAGCACCAGCACCAGCCUCCACGCUGAAGACAAACCUGAAAACCCCAGCUCAAAAUCCAACAACUUCUGAACCAUUUCCUUUGUCAACAUCUGCUCCACCCGCCUCCACGCUGACGCCAACACUGGAGAUACUGGCAACACCAGCUGCAGCUCGAGGUCUGCCCCUGGAGACAAACUCAGGUGUUCAGCUGAAUGUGAAGCUGGUUCUGAUCAUCAUGAUCAUCACUUCAUCAGCUGCUUUGCUGAUAGUCUGCAGGAGGACCAGAGGACCUAAAGUACCGCAUGUGGGACUCGAGGACGUUACCAUCAAUGCUGGCGUGGCGCAUGAGGAGGCCGGAGAGAAGAUUCUGGAGAUGUGAUUUUUUUAUUUUUUUAUUAGCAAUGUGAUGUCUUUCUACACUGAAAGAACCAGGCGUUUCUGUGAUCGUAUUCCUGACAUCGAGUGUCAAACUGUAAACUUAUGAUGUGUCGCUAAGGAAGUCUUCAGACGGGAUGUUUCUGUUGAAUAAAAAAAUGAAGAAACGAAAACAAUUCUACAUGUGUAAAUGAUUCAAAAUAUUAAAAUGAUGAUGAUUUUAA